CACACACACACACAGACCCUUAAAUUAGUCAGCCAACCACUGCGGUGCUACGGCAACCAGGUGACUCCCAGGUAUGCAAAGCAGAUACAAGUCAUAAUAGAGCUGCAGGGAAGGACUUUGUUCGCUGCGUGCGUGUGUGAGGGCAGGGUUAAGUCCCUUCAGCCCAGCAAGUGUUUCAGGAAGCGAAGUCAUGAUCGACGUCGCGGUCCCACGGAGAGGUCUGUCCUGAGAAUCUGAAGAACUGCAUGACUCAUAAUGGACGCUAUGUACAAAUACAUGCUCGCCUUUCUCCUGCUGUUUGGAUCUGGAGUAGGGGCGCAGCUUUCCCUGGACCCUCUGAGCGCGGCCGUACUGCGGGGCUCCAACGUGAGCUUUAAAGCCAACGUGACCGGCGUGUGGAGGGUCAUGACCUGGAACGUCGGCAAACUGCUGGUGUUGACCAUCCUCCGCACCGACGGCGUCAUAGAGUCCUUGCCGCGUUACGUAGCGCGCAACAUCUCCACCGGCAGCGCAGGGGGCGCCUGGGAGUUUAGCAUUGUUGACGUCCAGAAGAGCGACACCGGCCCGGUGGUCUGCACCAUCCAGGGCCCCAUUGGGUCCAAGACAGCAACGCUUCAGGUGCAAGAGCGAGGCACAAUAAAAAUUUCGUCCGGGAACCAGACGGUGAACCAGGACCAACAGGCGGAGUUCCGGUGCGAGCUGUCCGGCUGGUUCCCCGCUCCUGAGGUGAGCUGGCUGCUGGACGGUCAGCUGGCCAGCACCAGCCUCUACAACACCACCUUCCAGGAACAGGGGUCAACCUUCAACGGCACCAGCGUACUCACAAUGAAGGCGGUCCGGGAUGCAACGGUGCAGUGCCGGGCGUUCCUCUCGGCAGCCAACGACCUGCAAACCGUCUACCUGUCGGUUGUGCCUACGCCAACCGACUGGACCGUCCUCAUUGCUGUGGUUUUGUCCUUUUCAAUCGCUGCACUACUGGUGUUGCUCAUCAUACUGAUUUUCUUCUGCAUCAGACGGAAGAAGGAAAAAGAAAAGGAAUUAAGGGAAGGAAGGCUGCAGGGUCGAGCUGUUGCAGCACGCCCCCGAAAUGGAACCAUUAACCUGGGAUUUGCAAUGGAUGAUCGAACAAGUACAGACCAAGGGCCUGCUCGCACGCACGCACGCAUGACUCCAAGUGUUGAAAGGGAUCUAAGUCAGAACGACGACCCCCGCAUUUAUCAGAUUCCUCCGGUUGAUAACCCAGCCCGGAACGGAGCCAAUGACUUCCCCGGUGGCGAAAAUGUCAUGGAGUAUCGAAAACACAGACACCUCACCCACGUCUGAAGAUGUUCAACUUAAGCGUUUUAUAUUGAUGCUGUCUCUACACGUGCCACCAUGUUUCUCUCCAAAAGUAAAAAAAGACAGUCAGAGUUGUGAUACCGGACCAUCACUGUGAUGUAAAACACAAAUGAGAUCAAGGUGCUAGAGAAAAAACACAGUUUACCUCCAUGCAUGUAAAUUAUAUAUUGUAUUUUGUAUUUUCUGGUAGAUAAGGAUACAUUUGUGAAUCUCAAUGCCUCGAGAUUGACAUAUUUUAAGCUUUAAUAUAUAUAUAUUUAUGGGUUGCUCUGCUGAAAUUAUGUUUAUGCUGCUCAACGGUAAGCCUCCUAAAAUGUGCCUGCCAUGUGUCGAGACACAACCACAACCGUUUUAAUUAAGAUGCAAUUAAUGAUUCUGUCUCCAGUCUUGUCCCAUUUUGAGCUUUGUAUGACGUUAGCCACGCAUCGUGUGACGAAAUCAAGCCCGUUACACAUUAUGGUUCCUCUGUAUGCUGCUUCCAGUUUAUAUAGCCAAUCGUUGGUGGGUUAAUGAUCCCUGUUUUAAUAGAUGGAUUCAGAUGAGGUUAAUUUAUAAACUUAAUCGAUGAAUACAUUAAUAAAUGUUAAUGGUAAAGCAUUAACAUAUUUGCCAUUUAACAUAUUCUCUCUUGAAACACUCCCAACAAACAGUGUUGAAUUAAUGACACUUUUAAUACAGAAGUUGAGCCACACUUAGUGUUUCAUAUCUAGAUGAUUAAUAAAUGAGUGAAUUCUU